AUGGAGCAGCAGCCGCAAAGAGGUUUCUGUAGCUUCACCUCGGGUCGGACUGCAAGCUGCGGGACUGGGAUCUCCACCGGUCCGACCACCAUGCGUCUAUCAAUCACAUCGACCACCGGCAGCCCAGUGGAGCUCACUGUCCCCCGAGGAGAGACUGUGGAGGGACUGAGGACACGAAUCUCCCAAAAGCUUAGACUGCAAAGGGACAGAAUCGUCCUCCUGCAUAAAGACAGGCAGCUGACUGCAGGCAAACUGCUGGAUCUGGGUGUAGCAGAUGGCAGCAAAUUAACUCUGGUACCUGUGAUUGAAGCUGGUCUAGUAUGUUCAACUACCAGGGCUGAGAGGACCAUGAUGGAUGUUUUGGAAAGUUUAACAGAAGUUCAAAUCAGUGACUUCCUGUCUGGGCGCUCGCCUCUCACCGUUAACCUGGGAGUUGGUGCCCACAUGAUGUACGUGCAGCUCCAACUGUCAGCGCAGGAUGUGGUGGAGCUGCAGCAGGACUGGGACUCGAGAGCUCGAAGCAGCAGCAAGAUGCAAACCGGCCUGCCGGCAGAAACCUCGGCCUGCUCCUCCACUAACACAACAGAGUCCACCACUACCUCACUGACUUCACAAACCUCCACUCCAGCCCCAGACACUCCAGACUCUACAUUCCCAGUCCAGCUUAGGACCCAAAGACCCACCACUGUCCCUGCUGUGAACUGCCAUCACCACUCAUCCUCACAUCAACCCUGUCCCCCCUGCUCCAUGCAGACAUCUGCCACUACUCUGUCGACCUCUUCCUUGUCCUCUUGUAACCCUCAUCCCAGCUGUCCACGACAAGCAACCACACCAGUCUGUCCACCUGGCCCCAGUCCUGGACCCCCAAGCCCAGUGCCAGCCUCAACCUUCAAAGAGAGUAAUGUUAAUUCCUCCUCUUCUACUGAUCUGUGCAAGCAACCAGGAGCAGUCAUAGAGAGUUUUGUGAGCCACUCUCCAGGAGUCUUCUCCGGGACUUUCUCUGGCACACUGGCUCCGUGCAGUCAGAGCAGCAUCAGCCAUCCACGACGUGGCAUCGCCAUCAUUCUCCAGAUCCUAAAUGACCUGCUGAGAGCUGCCCACCACCACCAGGGGGCUUCACCCACCCAACCUCACCUCCACUGUCCUGCGUCAAACCCUCCAGUCAGCCAGCCUAGCAAAACAACAACCAAACCCAUAGUGACUCAGAGGCCAGACCACCUGAUUAAAGCCCCAGCUGAGGAGAGUCAUCCCACCACUUCAUCCACAGAAGAGAAUCAAACAUUGCACUGUAAGCUGGAGCACCUGCAGUUUUUGAUGCAUCAGAGGCGUCUUCGCAGACGGACUCGCAAGAGCUCGCAUCUCACACAAACUUCUCACCCAUACCAGCACUGUCACCAUCGCCCCUAGUCUCCCAGACAAGUAAAAACACUCUCAUAACAAAGGCAGUUUUCACAAGGGAGCGAUGGCAGACGACAGAAACUGCAGGUCACUGAGGAAUCAUCAUGGAAACUAGAGCUGACCUCUGACCUUGUGGAGUUGUGUGAAAGAGCGAGCAAUACAGAGCACUUAAAGUUCAAAGUGCGUCUGAGAGAGAGGACACCUACCUCUGAGGAAAGACUUUGUUGCUAUUUUAAGCUAUGAGUGCGUUUCUGAAACAUGUAAGCCUAAAAGAUCCAAGGAGUCUGGUUCCUCUGGCUGUCACUGUACUGAGCAUAUUACUUCAUGUGCAUCUGUCCUUACAAUGGUCCUAACAACAGUAUGUAGCACACUUCACAACAGGUUCCAGUGUACAUUUUCAUGUUACACAUCUUGAUGUUUGUACAAAGACCUGUUAAGUGUAAAAUGUUAGUUCAUGUAUUCAAAUGCCUUAACUGUCUUGAAUGUAGUCAACCUGUUAAGUUUUGUUCUGUGCAGAGGAUGUUCCUCUGGAAUGUUUUACUUAUGCAAUAUUAAAAUGUAAAUGCAAAAUAAUGCAAAAAUAUC